AUAAUAAAAUAAAACUUAAAGUGAAUGGAGACGUCCCACCCCUUUCUUAUAUUUGUGAAAAUGUGUAUGAGUCUAGUCAUAGGACAUGUCAUUUCAUUAUUUCUGAUUUCUAUGUUAGGGACACUUUGGAAUUGCCAAUUGAGUAAUUUGAGGAAGCUGCAUGUUGCAUUUAAUCAACAGCUCAUGGUUUCCUGGGUGGGUGAAAUAUUUACAAUACGACAGGCAAUAAAUGUGUGACACAUGCAGAGUGCCGUCUGCAAUCAGGGCUGGCCUCUCCCAUUCCCAGUGGACUUGAACACACACCAUUGUGUGUGCUUUCUUCAACAUGUCUGCGCAGAGGUUGCUGCUGUGUUGUCUUCUUUUUAAAGGGACUCUUGCACUGUCAGGCAACUUUUGGCACAUCACUGACCUGCACUGGGACCCGUCCUACAAGCUGGGAGAUGACCCCUUUAAGGUGUGUGCAUCAAGUGGUUACAAACCUGCAGCCAUGGCGGGUAUAUUUGGUGACCAUGCCUGCGACUCCCCAUGGAACCUCAUCAACUCCUCCGUUUAUGCCAUGAAGAAGAUCCUACCAGACCCGGAUUUCAUUGUGUGGACUGGAGACGACACACCGCACGUUCCCGACCAGAAUCUGGGCACAGAGGCGGUGCUGAGCAUUAUCAGAAACCUGACACACAUCAUAAAUGAGGUUUUUCCAAGAACUAAAGUGUACUCUGCCCUGGGUAACCAUGACUACCACCCCAAGAGCCAGCUUCCUGGAGGCCCGAGCUUCAUGUACAACGAAACAGCCCAAAUGUGGCAGCACUGGUUGGAGCCCGAGUCCGGUAUAACAUUCAUGAAAGGUGGAUACUAUACGGAAAAGCUGCUAAAUAGGACAGGUUUCAGGAUGUUGGUGCUCAACACCAAUCUCUACUAUGACCGCAACAUGCUGACCCACAAUGAUGAAGACCCCGCAGGACAGUUUAGCUGGGCGGAUCAGGUCCUAACAGAGGCGGCCAGGAACAAAGAAAAGGUGUACAUCAUCGGUCACGUGCCUCCAGGCAUGUUUGAGAAGAAGAGAAGCAAGUCCUGGUACAGGAAACACUUCAACAAGCGAUACGUGGAAUUGAUCCAGAAGCACCAUUCUGUCAUCGUGGGACAAUUCUUUGGACAUCAUCACACCGACACGUUCCGCAUGUUCUACAACUCAGAGGGUUCUCCUAUCAGCACAAUGUUCCUUAGCCCUGGGGUGACACCGUGGGAGACGACACUCCCCGGAGUCAAGAACGGCGCCAACAACCCUGGCAUCCGGAUCUUUGAAUAUGACACCCAAACCCUCCUGGUCAAAGACGUGGUGACCUACUACCUGAACUUGACUCACGCAAACACCGCCCGGGAUCGCUGGGAGAAGGAAUACCGCCUCACAGAGAGCUUCCGCGUCCCCGACGCCUCCCCGGCCUCCAUGGACCGACUCCUGGAGGGAAUCUCUGCAGACCGCUGCCACCUGCAGAAGUACUACGAGUUCAACUCGGUGAGCUACGACCUCAGCGAGUGCGACGCCGCCUGCCGCGUGGACCAUGUGUGCGCGGUGCGAGAGGUCGACUACGAGAGGUACGAGCACUGCCUGGUGACAGAGGCGGCGGGUUUCGUUGGCGGUGGCUUGCUUCCCGUCCUCUCUGUGGCCGCAAGCAUCCUCUUUGCUUUUAAUCAACAUUUUUAAUUCCUAAUUUUGUUUGCUAAAAGUCACAAUUAUCAACCCAUCUUGUUUUUUAGAGAUAGUUUCUCCUCAAUGUAGCAAGAAACCUGCUGAUUUUGAAAGAUAUCCAUCCUUAUUAUUAUAUGUUACUAAUAUAAUCAAUAUUACAUUAUUUGAAAUCAUAUAUACAUUUUUUUGUUGUAAAAUUUAACAGUGUAAGAAAAAUGAUAUCCAUCCUAUUUGGUUUUAAAGGAUCUCUGACCCAGCAUUAGGCUAGAGGAAAACGUGCUCAGACCUAAUCAAAACAUUGUUGUUCACUACCAAUCACAGCUUACAACCAAUGUUGCUUUUAGGACCUAUCAGAACAAGACCUCUACUGGUUUGAAAUAAUAUCUGACAUGAGAGUUUUUUGCAGCAACUAAUUGUCAAUCCAUUCCAAUAUAACUAUUGAUUUUGAGUGACAGCCACUACCAGGUAGAUACAUGAUAUUGUCCACAUGCUGCGCCUCUCCAGUAAAUAAACAGUGUCAUGUUCGCUACAGUCCCUAAUAAAACCAUAAAUGUGGAUUAUCUUGCUAAGAAAUACGACUGAUGAUAACGAUAGUAAA